UAGUGGAAAAUUAUCAGGGUCAGAGUUAAAAUCAACAGGAAGCAACUUAGUGUUGAGAAUCUAAAUGUCUUUAAAGAAAAGUUGUUUUUGAUAAAUAAUAACAUACGUUUAAAAGAAAAUAUCAAAGGGGACACGUAUAUACCACUAUAUAAUGGAUACUUUUGUUCUACUGUUCAUGGUAAUAUCUUGUUGGUGUUCAACCUCAGCACGAAUAUGCCGUGAUAACGAAAAGGUUGUCAGACAGGGAUCUGGCAAACGGGCAUUGUGUGAACCAUGUGAUUGUAAUAAAAGCGGUUAUGGAUUUGAUACAAAGUACGUGCGUCAACCAGGCAAAAAAGGUUACCUGGAGUGUUAUCCCUGUGUUCCUUGCCCGGAAGGGACGUAUCGGAGUGAGUUGGAAGGUCCCACCUGUCUGCGCUGCAUGUUGAAUUGCUCUUUGCUCAACAGACGUGAAAAACAGCAGUGCGGGCAGAAUACAUGGGGAGAAUGUGGAGAUUGUUAUUCUGGAUUUACGGCACAGACAAACAGUCAAUAUGCUUACUGCUCAGAAGACAUUAAGUCGAAGAUGUCAGACGAUUUGGAUAUGUUUACUGCAAUAACACAACGGGUGCUCGAUCAUCCUAUUUCAACGACAUUUGGUAUCGAUACGGACGGGACAAAACAUGUUGCAACAGAUACAGUUGGGAAGGACAUACCGAAAAAUUUCCCGUAUAAUAUCAUUGCCAUAUGCGUCGCUGCAGCUACUGUUACAUUCGUAUGCAUGAUAGUUUGCAUCGUUCGUUGCGACAGGACUGGAAGCCUACGGCAGGACAGCCACGAUAGAGGGUCGUCACGAACAAAUGCUAGUUCUACAGCCCUGUUAGGAAAGACCACAUCAACCAUUGCCUCCCAAGGUAACGUUUUGGAACAUAUAUCACCACCGGAACCUGUGUGAAUACCGGUGAAAAACACCGGUAUGAACGUUAUCGUUCAUUAAUUACUUCGAUCGUAAAAAGUGUAACAUACUUUUGAAUUAUAUCGUAUUUUGAUGAUAACAAGCUAUUUACCUCAAUUAUUUGACACAUACAUGUAAAUAUGAUAUGGAGAGAAACUUAUAUCAAAACUGUGAACUGUGCAGAAAAAGUAAUCGCUAAAACGGCUAUUGCUGGGGUUAUUUCAGAACUGAUAUAGUUUUGAAUUCGCUCUUAUGGUAUAUUAAAAAACAGUGACAAACCAAAGAACUGUCCCUUGCAAUGCCAAGGGAAUUCUUUACUGCUAUCAGGACAUCACACCUUUGGACAUCAAAAAGACGGAAAGAAUAACUCUGAUUCGCAAGCCACGAAUUGCAGUCACCUUGCCAUUGAGAGUGGAACCUUGACGUUAUAUUGGGGAAUCACUGGAUCGGAGAAUAUGCAGAUUAUGCCAGCUUAAUCAUAUUUAGGACGAGAAAUAUUUUCAAUUUGAAUGCAAUAAUUACAGUGAUUUACAUUUGUUACAACUGAUGGAAAUAAUUUUACGCCAAUUAUUUGACCAUGAUGUAGGCAGUAAGUUAUCAUUUCUAAUGUCCUCACACCCUAUGAAACUGUCUAAAUAUUUUGUAAAUACCAAUAUGAACAGUCAAACCAUUAUGUACUUUUAAUGUGGUAUUUGAUCAUUUUCUAUCGCUCUUGAAACUUACAUUGUAUCUGCAAUACCAACUUUGUUAUGCUAAUACUCAAUUUCUGUUAUAUUACACAUUAUGUUACUUAAUUAUCCUUAAGAUAUGGUGACUUAUAGACAUAACGGGGCGGUUGCAAUUGUAUGUAUAUAUGUUAUUGAAUUACACAUGUCACAAUAAUUUACUAUCUUUUUACUUACUUACUUCCUGUUCUUUUCAUACGAUUUGUAACCCAGCUGUGAUAUGCUAGUACUUUAGGGUUGUUAUCGUAACAAGCUCACCUCGUUUCACUACAAUUUGAUUUUCAAAUAAAGCAACAAAGAUAUAUUAUGUCUACGGGUGCUUUCCUUUUUUGAAAGACACCAGAAUAACCAAAGGGAGUAAUGUAAUCUACUAUUUUUACUGUACUUAUACUAUGUAUAUUAUUUAAAUGAACAGGUGCGCGUUAUAAUUUUCAUGUUUAAGUUUUAUAAAGUAAGAAACACUAUUAUUGACUCAUUCAUAGCAUGAAUAACAAAAAUCAUGAUCAUUCGUCGGAAAAUUUUCAAUGAUUACAAAACAACGUUCUUUUGAUCGAUUUUGAUGAAACCAGAUAUGUUUAAAUAUAAAUUGUUUGAAAUGUUAAUGACGGGUAUUUGCCACUUAAUAUUGGAAUUCCAGUGGAAUAUUUUGUAGCUUGCUGUCUGUAAAAAUAGUACAAUCAUUUAGGUAUAAAUGAAAUUAACAUAUACAUUUCUUGUUAUAAAAUGUGUAGUUGAUUGGAAUUUACAUAUCAGUGUGCUGUCACGAUAGUCGCCACUUAGAGGAUAUCAUUUGUAAGCAACGAAUUAUGAACUAUAUUUGGCUAAUUUUCGCAACACAUGUUGUUGGCGAUUCUUUGUCAUUUAUGUGUACAGAAGAAUUUCGCUACAUUUCGGAUUUAAACGGAGAACUUGGAUAUUGUGAGCGCUGCUCAUUGUGUGACGAUGGCGGAUACAUUCAACGAAGAAAUGUAUCAAGACGCAUUGACCCAACAUACGGCUACCUUGAAUGUUACCCAUGCAUUGAAUGUCCGGAAGGUUCAUAUAGAAAACCUGGUCCUGCCAAUGUUUGUUUGAUUUGUAUGAAAACAUGUGCAAACGUCAAUCGUUACGAGUCGCAACCUUGUGGUGGUGCUUUACCAGGACACUGCGGAACUUGUUAUCAGGGAUAUCACAGCAGAACAAAUGAGCCGGAAGGGUAUUGUGAAAAGGUUGGACGAACAGAAAAUAACGACAAAGGUUCGGAUGGUAUUGACGCACCACGAGUUGCAUUGAUUCUUACUAUAUGCUUGGUAAUUGUCUGUGGCGUAUUAUGCAUUGGCUUGAAGUUCCACAAGCGUCACAGAAAAAAUGAACAACAACACCGGUUUAGUUAUGCAGAAGAAUACAAACUGACGUCCACUGAAAGAUCAGUAAAUGCAUUUGAGUCUGGUUAUAUAUCAGAAUUAAAUACACAACAAUCUAUUAUACAAUUUGAAGAAAGGGGUACUAGUACCGACCAAGAAGAAACGGAAGUUGCCAUCGAAGUUGAAGACAAAAUAUGCAAAGUAAUUCCAUUGUGGAAAAAUGUAUUUUCAAAAGUUUGCAUAUCACACAUCGCCUCUGUCUUCGAGGGUAUGGCCAAUGAUUAUGUGGAGCAUGAAUCUCAGUCGUCGGGUAAGGACUACAAAAUGUAUUUACUUUUCGAAUCCCUCGGCGUACAGAAAGAAGUCUACAAAGCAGAGGAAGAGAGGUGCUUACUUCACAAAAUAUCCUACUGUGAUUACGUACAGAAUGUUUUAAACUUUUGGAUUGAGAACAAUCGGGAUGCGAACACCGAAGAUUUGUGCAAAGCACUACAUAAAGCCGGAUUUGAAGACAUAGCUAAAGAUUGUGAAGUCUUAGUUGACCGUUAUAAUAGUGGACUGCUUGAUCUGGAUGUGUAUGAUGAUGACUUGAUCACGGCGGAACAAAGGAAUGAAACGAUGUGUAAACAAUUUGUUUGACAUGCAAGAAAUUUAACUUAAUCGUACAAGACUCAUCUAUACUCAGUUCGUUAGCUUUUUUCAGUGACGUGUCGUAUGACUUCCAACACGUUCUUAUUAAUGAAUAUCAAAAACCAAGCAAAAAUAAUUUUCCAUUGUUGUUUAUUUGGAGGAAAAAUAAGCAUUGAAUCUGUAUAGUUUCUACAAGUCGUGACCAUUGUUUGUUGAGACGUGUGAGCAUAAACACAAUAAACAACACUUUAAUUUAUUA